GCGGCGGCGGCGGCAGCAUCUGUACCUAGGGAUCCGCCCGCACCUGCUGUGCCUGUAGCACCUACGCCGGCGGUAGCGGCGGCGCCGGUGACGAUUGUUUCUCCGGCGGCAUCGGGUUCAUCGAUUCCUACCCCCGAUGAACUUGGGGCCGAGAGGGAGCGAUCGUUAGCGGCUUUGACGGCCUUCAAGAGGUUCAACCCUCCGACCUUCGAUGGUGACGUCAAGGAUCCGUGGCUGGUGGAGUCAUGGCUAGCCGCGAUGGAGGCGUUGUUCGAGGAUAUCUACACCCUCGACAAGGACAAGGCAUUCCGGGAGAUGCUACUGUUGGAGUACUUUCCCGAUAGCGACCGGCAGAAAAUCAAGGAGGAUUUUCGCAAGUUAAGGCAAGGAAACCGGUCGGUGCGGGAGUACGAGCGAGAGUUCACGCACCUCAUCAACUGCGUGCUGAGCUUGGUCCACGGCGAUAGGGACCGGGCGGAGACGUUCGAGCGCGGGUUGCGGCCGGAGAUCUUUAAGAUCGUCCAUGCGCUCCGGCUGAAGACUUAUGAGGAGGUUCUCGAUCGCGCGCUCUGGGUCGAGGGCGGCAACGCCAUUGUGCGAGAUGAGCGCGAGGCUUUCGAGCGAGACCGGAAAAGAGAGAAGACCAAGAAGCGACCUGCUGGUGGGUCAGCGGGACAGUCGAGUUCCAAGCGACCCCCGCGGCGCCAGCGAUCACAUUGGCGUGGUGGAAGGAGUCAGACUCAGAGCCAUUCCACCUAUCCGUGUGUGAGUUGCGGCGGAGAUCAUCGGGCUGCUGCUUGCCCGCAACGGGAGGGGCGAUGUUUUCGAUGCAGCCAACCAGGGCAUAUGAGCCGAGAGUGCCCUAGCGGCGCGUCACCAGCUCCGUCAUCAGCUUCAGUCCAGUACACUCCGCGACAAUUGGCGGGAUUGCCACCCGCAGUGUCGGCUGGACGAUCAUCAGCGUCUCGUCUGUUGGAGACUUCUCGAGCACCUAAUGGGCGGGUUUUUGCCACUCAAGUGGAGAAGCAGCUUAUUACCGUUCCCGACGACGUCGUGAUUGGCGAUUGGAUCAUGCCGAUCAACCUAUUAGUGUUGAAGCAAUUGUGGGGAUUUGACGUAAUCUUGGGUACCAAUUGGCUUUCCAAGUAUUACGCGGUUAUGGAUUGCGAAAGGAAGGUGAUCACGUUUCGUGAGCCUAACCAAGAGGAGAUGGUUUAUAAGGCGUGUAAUGGUGCCCAUUUCGCAGCGACCAUAUCGUCAGUGAGGGCAAAGAAAAUGAUCAAGGGUGGUUGCAAAGCCUAUUUGGCGACCAUCGUGGACCCUCAAAGGGAGUACCCGGAAUUGGAAAAUAUUCGGGUGGAACCAAAAACCUCCUCCUCUUGA